AUGAGUAUAGAUUACACAAUUUACAUGGCAAUAUUCAGAUUCACCGCUAUAGUGGCAUCAUACAAUCAGAGACUAUUAAUCUUAUUUGGCUUGUUAUUUAUCAUAUUCACUUUCGGCGAAAGACUAGUACGGAUGGCAGAUUGCAAGGCUGUAGCUUGCUCUGUAAUUGCUAUUUAUACUCCUCCAACAUGUCGACAACAUCAAGGCAUAAUUUCAUUAUCGAUACAAUCGUCAAAAUCUAGAUCCAAUCAACGUAAGCAAAGAAUCGAAUAUUGA